UUUGCCCCACCCAUCUCUUCAACGCUAUCUGUCUCAAUGUACAAUUCACUGAGAAAAGGAUAUAAUCGCUAAAAAUACUCCCUCGAGAAGGAUUCAUCCGCGACUAUUUGGGAGGAAGCUCUCUCCGUCCACCGGGAAAUCGCUGUCAUUGUGGUGUCGGAAUUAUCUUCACGUUUCCCAAUGCACAUGUAUAGUCGAUCCACCACCCGAAUUCAAGGAGGAUACAAAGCGUAGCCUGACAGCGGACUCGGACUGCGAUAACCGGUGAAAUAUCGACGGAUUCUCCUGAAUCGCUUCGGAUCGGUCGCAUUUGCAUCUGCGGUCGAAAGAACCGUAGGAUCGGCGCUCGCGUCAAAGCAGAGCCUACGGAUGUGAGAAGAAAUUCAAAUGAUAGGAACGGAGAAGACGGCGAAGGGCCUCUUUUGAUUUGGACAAGCCGAAAAAAAAACGUGAUCAGUCACCUUACGCAGUACAGGAGGGGAAAACGUAUAUCUACGGGGGAUUUCUUUUUCUUGUUUAGCUGCACCGUGUUUUUCUACGAGACUACGUCGUUUCAUAACGGGAGUUAAAAGGUUCAUGUCGGCCACGGCGCAGGGCGGAAUGAUCCACAUGCCGUCAUUUUGGUGGAAAUAUUUAUUUUUCUAAUUUGUAGCCACCCUUUCUGUCUCGUUCUGCCCGUCGCGUUGUAUCGGCGAACGGAUUCGACGUCAACGUACAGAAAAUAGUCACAUUUUGAGGAGUGCUGGGCAGAAUCGUUAUUUCGGGAACGCGAACAUGGAUUCGCAACGGGAAAUUUGCUAAAUCGCGUUUGGAUUCCUGUGCCUCAGAAAGCAGUAACGAAAUCAUCCAUGUGACGUCUGGACGCACAUUCAUACACUCAUAGCGUUUGACGAAGUCUCAUAUUUGAUCGCAACAAACGCUCGACAGGACUCGGCCGUCUGUAGGCCGGCCUAGUGUUUUCACCACCUCGAGCCCUCCUAUUCUCGCCAAUACUAGUCACCCAUAGAGUAAUAGCUUUCCUAUUUCCCCGUACUAGCACUGCAUGUAACAACGAAACCCUCUGUGCUAUUCGGAAUCAACGGGAGUUAUGUACAUGCUAGUAUAAAUGUCCCGGUUUUCCAUCGAAGUGUUUUGAUCGGAGGCCAAUCGAGGAAUUUGGAUCAUUUAUUCACACGGUAUAUCACCUUUCCCCACCACCCGCCCACCCCCAAAACUUUUAUUUGGGUUUUUGGGAAAAUGGGUUGUUUGGGCAACAGUAAGACUGAGGACCAGCGGAACGAGGAGAAGGCUCAGAGGGAAGCAAACAAAAAGAUAGAGAAGCAGCUCCAGAAAGACAAACAGAUCUACAGAGCAACUCAUCGACUACUACUGUUAGGUGCUGGAGAAUCGGGAAAAAGCACCAUAGUCAAACAGAUGCGCAUUUUACAUGUCAAUGGCUUCAAUGCUGAAGAGAAAAAACAGAAAAUUCAGGACAUCAAGAAUAAUAUAAAAGAAGCUAUAGAUACUAUUGUGACAGCGAUGUCCAUGUUGGCACCUCCAGUCCAGUUAGCCUGUCCAGCAAAUCGGUUUCGAAUUGAUUACAUCCUCAAUUUAGCCAAUCAAAAGGACUUUGAGUUCACACCGGAAUUUUAUGAACAUACAAAGACCCUUUGGCAGGAUGAAGGAGUGCGGGCUUGCUUUGAAAGAUCCAAUGAGUACCAACUGAUCGACUGCGCACAGUAUUUCCUGGAUAGGAUUGACACUGUGAAACAGAGCGACUAUACUCCCACUGAUCAGGACUUGCUCAGAUGCAGAGUUCUGACUUCUGGGAUCUUCGAGACAAGAUUCCAAGUGGACAAAGUUAAUUUUCAUAUGUUUGAUGUUGGCGGACAAAGAGACGAACGCAGGAAAUGGAUCCAGUGUUUUAACGACGUGACCGCCAUCAUUUUCGUGGUAGCCAGCAGCAGUUAUAACAUGGUGCUCAGAGAGGACAAUCAGACUAACAGACUCCAAGAGGCACUUAACCUGUUCAAGAACAUCUGGAAUAACAGGUGGCUUCGAACAAUUUCUGUUAUUCUGUUCCUAAACAAGCAAGACUUGCUGGCUGAGAAGGUUUUGGCGGGGAAGUCAAAAAUUGAGGAUUACUUCCCCGAGUUUGCACGCUACACUACACCGGAUGAUGCAACACCAGAGCCAGGGGAAGAUCCACGAGUUACGAGAGCAAAAUAUUUCAUCCGAGAUGAGUUCCUGAGGAUCAGUACAGCGAGUGGCGAUGGCCGGCACUACUGCUACCCCCACUUCACCUGCGCUGUGGACACAGAAAACAUCCGCCGAGUGUUUAACGAUUGCAGAGACAUCAUCCAACGCAUGCACCUACGGCAGUACGAACUCUUGUGAUCGCAACAGUUAUGACGGGACGCAAAAUCACCACCGGAACUUUCUAUAGGCCACCUGCCCUUACAUCAUGCCCCAAUAUCAAACUGAUGAGUCCCCACCUCUUACACAUACGCACACAUACUUUAUGUAUAUAUAUAUAUAUAUAUAUAUGUAUAUAUAUAUAUAUAUAUAUAUAUAUAUAUAUAUACGCACGCCAUGCACACACACAUAUGGCCUUUCUCCAUCCUGAGUGUCUAGGGGCUGGGGCAAUGGGAUGCACUGUGUUACUGAUGAAAGCAUUGCUGUGAUACCUGGCAAAAAAAGACUUGUUAACGCAGCCAAGGACUACCAAUGUUAAUAAAUGGAGAAGAAAACUAAACAUUUGAGAGAGGUAGGGGAGGGAGUGGGAGAAAAGAGUAAAAAAUGUCCAGGACUGCUCAACUCACUCAAACUCAAGAGUCUUCUCAGGACGAGGAAGUCAUUUCAUACACAUACAGACACAUAACGCGUCCAGCUAAACUCUUGUCCCACAGUUCUAUGUAUGUUACACGUCAAACUGUCUUUUUCUGAUCACAUGCCUAACACACGUUACUUAUAUUGAUGCACACGCACAAAACACAUACACACACACACACACACACACGGUAUUUUUAUCCUCCACCAUUUUUUGGUCCUGUCGAACGUUUAGUUCCUGUGUGAGCCUGGCUUGUCCCACCCCAACCUUUUCCCUUUCCCACCCCACAAAUCUCACCCCACAGGUGGACUGGUCCCCUUGGAGGAGAGCAAAAAAAAUGGACCGAUACAUAAAAAAAACAGAAUGUAGAGCAAAUUGUUUCUUUUUUUUCUGCAAAAAAUGUAAAAAGGAGGGUUUGGAGGGGUUUACUGCCCCGGGUUGCUUUGAAUGUGGAGUGGCGAAUGACUUUAACACAAGACCCAUCACAUGACUGGCUUCUCGGAGAGGCGAGCGCAUGCAACGCUAGAUUCAUGCAGAACAGUGAACUAAACACAGUGCAAAAAAAUCCUAUAAUAUAUAUAUAUAUAUAUAUAUAUAUAUAUAUAUAUAUAUAUAUAUUAUAUUCCUGUAAUAAUACAAACUUUUUCUGUUUGUUGGUUUCCCCAGUUGUGUUGGUGUGUGCAGAGAUGCACCAUUUUAAACCACCUGUUUUUCCAAAGCACCUUUUCCCACUUGUUCUUCAUGUGUCUCAUUCUUUCCCCUCCCCAUCUCUUUCCGUCUUCUCCCCACUGCAAAAUCUUGUACACUGACAUUUGGGGACUUCAUCAAACCGAGGGCAAGAUGAAAGUUACAGUGCGAGAUGGAAGGAUGUCUAUCGGGUGGUGUAGUCGCUCUCUGACCCCUCUCCCCUCCCCUUUAGCCUGGCUUUUUUUGGGGGGGUCUGUCUCUUGAUUUCUCUUCUGGAUCAUUAUUAUUCUUGUACAGACUGUAAAAUGUAUUAUUUUGUACAACUUUAUUGAAGAAAAAAUUAACUUGUAGAAGCUCCCUGUGCCUUGAUCACGACUGUAUGUGUAAAAUGAGCUAAGAUGUAAUUAAGAUAUGUUUCAUUGCGCUGUUCGGCUCUGCCCUGCCUCCGUCAAUUCCCGUGAACUCUGAUCCCGCCCCGAUUUGCCUGUUGCACAUCAGACUCUGGGGAAGUUGCCUGUUUGUGCUGAUCUUGAACCGGCCUCCCCCGUCACAACUCAAGAACUCAACUGUUGUAAGCAAAAACGCGACACUAGUUGGAUCAGUGGCUGAUUGCAACUUUUAGCGGUUCAACCGCGGAGUUUGGGGGAGUUACUGUCCGUCUCGUUUUUUGUUUCCCCCUCAAGUUGUUCUUUUUCAUUUGUUUAUCCUGUCUCUGGUUUAUAUUUCAGAAUCCAAAAUGAAACGCCUGUGUAGUACAAAGCAAGAAACAUUAUAUACGGUAUAUAUAAAUAUAUAUUUAUAUGUGUAAAUAUAUUAUUUAUAUAUAUUUGUUUGCUUUUUACAGGUUUUCUUUGCCUUUAGGGUCAGCAACAAUAGUCAACAUUUUUAGAGACAGGGUGUGGGGCGUUUCUUGUUCGUUUUUUUUUUUUUUUAGCUUUAAUUCUGUUGAAGGAGAAAAUAAUCCAAAUGCAAAAACAUUGCUUGUCUCUUCGUUAAAAAAAAAAAAAAAAAAAAAUUUAAAGAUGGGGAAAACCUGUCAAUGUAUUAAAUGUGCAAAUUGUUUUGAAAGCUGCACAGUCAGAUAUGGGUUAAUAUCCCCCCUCCCAUAGUAUUCAUGUUAAUUUCUUUAUAUUUAAAAAGCUGCUCUACAAACUGACAUACCAACAAAAGAGGCCGCCCAUCACUGGACGAUGACCAAUCGUAACCCUUCUCUAUACCACAACUUCCUGUCCUGCUUCCCAAUCACGUGAAAGCAGGGGCCAGCUUUUGGUGCUCUAAUGGUCCACUUUGUUACACAAAGUUUUUCUUUUCUUUUUAUUUAAUUGUUAUUUUAUACCUUUUUUUUUCUCCCCCAAAUAACAUCAUUUGAAUCAAAAAAACUCUAAUGUCUUGACCGAUCUGAUCGGUUGUGUUUUCUGCAAAAUGUGGUACAGGUGUUAUUUAUAUACAUACACAUCAGCCACAAAAUUAAUACCACCUACCUAAUAUUGUGUAGGGCCCAGUCGCGCCCCCAAAACCGCGCCAACCCGCAUCAGUAAAAUCUAGAGAAUGUUGUGUGUGAAAAUCCCAGGGGAUCAGCAGUUAGAGAGAUACUCAAACCAGUCCAUCUGGCACCUACAAUCAUGUCAUGGUCCAAAUCACUGAGAUAAAAAAUGUUCCCCAUAUUGAUGAUUGAUGUGAACAUUAACUGAAGCUCCUGACCCGUAUCUGCAUGAUUUUAUGCACUGCUGCCACACAAUUGGCUGAUUAGAUGAUGGAUGAUUGUUGGUGCCAGAUGGGCUGGUUUGAGUAUCUCUGUAACUGCUGAUCUCCUGGGAUUUUCAAACACAACGGUCUCUAGAUUUUACUGAUGCGGGUUGGUGCGGUUUUGGUGGCACAAGGGGGACCUACACAAUAUUAGGCAGGUGGUUUUAAUGUUGUGUCUGAUCGAUGUGUGUAUGUGUAUGUAUAUAUAUAUAUUAUUUUUGGUUAGGGGCAUGGGAUGAGGUGGGGUGAGAUGUUAAGCUAUGACAUUUAGUAUGUUUACUUUUUUUUUCUAGUUCAGACUCGCUGCAGCAAUAAGUGAGUGAGAUUUGAGUACCAAACGCCCCUUUGCCUGACUCUGUCUCUAUAAGAAGUGUUUUCAGUGUAUUUGUUGCUUUUUUCCAUGUCUCUCACACUUACUGUACAUUUUGUACAAAGAUUCAAAUUACAGCAGUAAAAGAAGAGUGUAACACUGUCUGAGUCGCACACGCACAUGCACACACACUUUUCACAAGGCUAACUCUGUUUUUGGCCCAAAUCAAACUAUAAAGGAUAAUGUAGUUGCUCUUAACGUGAUGGUGGUUCUUAAAGGUUUAAUAUACAAUUUACCAUAUGUUUCUAAAACAAUUAGAUAAACUUUCAUAAUUUUGAUAGUAGGUUUCAACAGUAUUAUGCGUGUCAUUUCCUUAUAUAAUUUCAGGAAAUCAACUGGUUGGCCCGUAACUGUGGCCAGGCACGUGGUUAAUCGCAAUAUAAGAACAUAACUACAUGAUUGCAUGUAUUGAAGGAAAAUUAAGAUUUUCCCAGCAUGGAUUAUGAUCAAAUAUUUAACCCAUGUUACAGUGGUGCACUGCACUUAUGCUACAAUUGAUUGAUGCUUCAUUUAUCAUCUUAUGAUGGAUCCAUCUUAUUGUUUGUAACAUCUUAAGGUGUAAAUAACAAGCCGCUAUUGGUGUAUGGUGCUAUAAAAGACUCGGAGUAUAAUUCGUAAGGUUUAAAGCAAAAGUUUAAUCUUUGUAUUGUCUGUUGUGUACAUGGUACCAUUGCCGGUAGCAAUUGGUUUGUAGUAAUGCAGCUAAAAGCACCUUGAGCAGUGUAGAUUCAUCUAUAUUUUCUGUAUCUUUCCGUUUUAAUUAGUUUGUUAUAUGUUUAUAGCUUUCUGAUUCAUAGGUUACUUCUUAUGCCAUCUGGUACAUAAUGCCGAUUAUGACAUCCAUAUUGUGCUUCUAUGCUCUUCACAACCAAAGCAAAAAAAGAUAAUUUUUAAAAGUAACCACAGUGCUUAUCCAGUCAAAAAUGAAGGUAUUAAGUGGUUCCUUUACAUAAUCAAGCCACCUCACAUGCAUUAUGAUGUACUUGAUGAAUAUGGGUAUCAAGUCAGUUAAAUCUGUAGGGAAGACUGCCCACAGCACAAAAUAUGUUCUUGUUAAGUGCAAAAAACUGAAUAAUUUUUGCAUUUCAGUCUUGCUGCUGAAAUCUAUCCACAUUGCAAUGGGUCUCAAACAUUUGUGAUGGUCCCUGCAAAUUAGAUAUUCAUCUCAUUUCAAAUGAGUAAAUGCAGAAUUAAGUGGUUUUUAAGUACUGCAAAUUACUUAUAUUGAUUUAAUUACUAUUUAAAAUAGUUAGUAUUAGGCAACUCUUAUUAAAGAAUGUGAAUGGUUUCAAAUACAUUCCCACUGUUUAAAUGUAACAAUAGUGAAUCUAAUGGGCUUUUAAUGUUUUGCUUGUGGUACCAGUACACAAACCAGUUUCAUGUAAACCACUGCAUCUUUGGGUUGUGCUGCAGUCAAGAAAACAGUCUUCACCAUCACCCUAUUUAGGAAUUAUUAUUUUUAUUUUUUGGGGGCAUUGCAAAUAAAGUAACAAAAAUGGCAGUUGUAGGAAGUAGUUUCAACUCACUUUGUGACGCUCUCAAUGAUACAGUGCACUGCAGCGACGCCUACUGUGCUGGAUGUGUUCCUCGAUAUACUCCUAUUCAGCGCCAUCUGCUGGACAGACAUGCAUCUGAUAU